GAAGAAACCCCCCAAGUCCUCCGGCUCCGGACUCGGGCCUUCACCGACCGAGUCCAGAAACCAUCUGGGUGGAACUCGUCGCACCCCCAACGCAAACGCCAGCUUCGUUCUCCUUCUUUCCGCAUAGUGAACCGGGAAAUGAAGACAGAAAAUAGCCAUAGCCACCAGAGCUCCUAUGCCCCCCUCGCUCCGUCUCAGUCUGCAGUUCCUCCGCCUGCUACGACUAAGACUACUGCCCCCCAGCCAGUGGCUCUUCACCCUACCGUAUCGGUACCUUUUACACCUCCACCCUGGUCUCAGCCCCUGUCCGCAGCCAGCCCUUCAAAACAGAAGACCAAGGUAUGGAACAAACACCCAGCCGGCAGUGAGACUCUCUGCAGAAUGCUGAUAUAUCGGUUUCCCCCAGGACCUGAGUCCGGCUGUGCUUACGCACCCGGCUACGGCGACGGAGUUGAUCAGAGCCGGCGAGCGCCUCAAGGUAAGUUUGAUAAUCACCUUGCCCUGGUAUGGAAGGCCCUGAGAUCGACACUGACGAAGAAAAAAAACUUAGAUGCGCGAAGAGCUUCUAGACCGUGGCUACAACGUGCCGAACGAUCUGUUCCAGGAGCAGCGGCAGCGGCAGCAACACCAGGGAAAGAAGACAGAAAAUGAAGAUGAGGACGACGACGAGGAAAAAGAACCGCACAACCUCACCCCGGGCCAGAAGCUGCGGCGCGCCGAGCUGUCCAUCGAUAUCGAGGAAGAGAAAGGGCGGCUGAAGUCGUGCCAAACCGCGGCCGAGGCGGCGAAGGCGGCUUUCGUGGCUGCCGAAAAGGCGUUCCGGAAGGCCAAGGACCAUCACCGGGUCUGCGCGAAAGAGCUGCGGCAAGCGAGAAGCCGG